AUGAUGAUGUCAUCGGACCCUCCCAGCGGCCCGCCCAGCGCUACUCUCUUCGUGACGGGCCUGCCCACCGAUUGCACCAAUGACUUCUGCAAGGCGAUCUUUGGACAGUACGGCAUCGUGAAGGAUGCGCGGAUGCUCCCUGUUGCACCAGGCAAGACAGCUGCUGCGGCGGUUGUAGAGAUGAACACGGAAGAUGAUGCAAAAUGGAUCGUGGAGCACGUGAACGGCAACGUCCCCCAGAGCCUGACUACACCCGUCACGGUGACCUUCAAGUUCAAGGGCAAGGGCUUCGAAAAAGGUUUUGGCAAGGGCUUUGGCCCUGGCAAGGGCCUGGACCUCAGUGCCCUGAGCGGCCUUGCAGCUGGCUUAGGUGGUGGCAUGGGAGGAAAAGGUGCAGAGGAUGGGAAGGGCAAUGGCAACGGCAAUGUCAAUCCAGCGGUGGCGGGCUUGUUGCAGCUGCUUGUUCCCUUGGUUGGGGCUGUGGCUGGGAUGCAGGGAGGAGGCAAGGGUUGGGUGCCGCCAAAACCGCCCCCCGGCUUUCAGAUUUGCCGGUACUUCGAGGCCGGCAUGGCCUGUCCAAGAACCGGCUGCACCUUCUGGCACGGGGACUCCAAUCCAGGCGCCGGUGGUGACGGCAAGGGCGGGGGAGCCGCUAUGGGCAAUGGGAAAGGGAUGACAUGGUGA